GCAUAUAUACUAUAAAAACCCUGAUCAUAUAAGAUAGGAAUAGAAUGGGGCAGCAUUCUCUCCUGAGGUUUCGCCUGACAUCCUGAGGUUGGAAACUAGUGGUGGUUUGAAUCUGGGGAGUGGGGCAAGCUCCGGCUGUUAGCCCCAGCUUCUGCUAGCCUCGCAUGCAACAUGACCCGAAGCCUCAAGAUGAAAACCAACAAGGUCUACAAGCUGGUCAUCCAUAAGAAAGGCUUUGGGAGCAGCGAUGAUGAGCUGAUGGUCAACCCCAAAGUCUUCCUUCAUAUUAAACUGGGAGAUAUUGUGGAAAUCGCUCAUCCCAAUGAUGAAUACAGCCCUCUCCUCCUUCAAGUCAAAUCGCUCAAGGAAGAUUUACAGAAAGAAACCAUCAGCGUGGACCAGACAGUGGCUCAGGUUUUCCGCCUGAGGCCCUACCAAGACGUCCAUGUUAAUGUCGUUGAUCCAAAGGACGUGACCCUCGAUUUGGUGGAACUGACCUUCAAGGAUCAAUACAUCGGUCGCGGGGAUAUGUGGCGGCUGAAGAAGAGCUUGGUCGGCACCUGUGCGUACGUCACUCAGAAAGUGGAAUUUGCCGGAAUUCGGGCCCAAGCUGGAGAGCUUUGGGUGAAAAGUGAAAAAGUGACUUGCGGAUGUAUCAGCGAAGACACCCGGGUGGUUUUCCGCUCGACCUCCGCCAUGGUUUACAUCUUCAUCCAGAUGAGCUGCGAAAUGUGGGAUUUCGACAUAUAUGGUGACCUCUAUUUUGAGAAGGCCGUCAACGGUUUCCUGGCUGACCUUUUCACCAAAUGGAAGGAGAAGAACUGCAGCCACGAAGUGACCGUCGUCCUUUUUUCUAGAACCUUCUACGAAGCCAGGUCCAUAAGCGACUUUCCGGAGUCCCACCGCCCGGCCAUUCAGCAAGACCACCAAGGCCGGUCCUAUGAGGAUUUCUACAAGGUGGUGGUCCAGAACGAGCGGCGGGAGGAGUGGACCUCGUUGCUGGUGACCAUCAAGAAGCUCUUCAUCCAGUACCCCGUCCUGGUCCGACUGGAACAAGCCGAGGGCUUCCCCCCGGGACGGAAUUCGACCGCGGCCCAAGGGAACUACUUGGAGGCCAUCAACCUCUCCUUCAAUGUCUUUGACAAGCAUUAUAUCAACCGGAAUUUUGACCGGACGGGCCAGAUGUCGGUGGUCAUCACACCCGGCGUGGGCGUCUUCGAGGUGGACCGCCUCCUCAUGAUCCUCACCAAGCAGCGCAUGAUCGAUAACGGGAUCGGUGUUGAUUUGGUCUGCAUGGGGGAGCAGCCCCUCCACGCCGUUCCUCUCUUUAAGCUACACAAUCGUUCCAGUCCCGGGGAUUCCCGUUUGGGAGAUGACUACAACAUACCGCAUUGGAUAAACCACAGUUUCUAUACUUCUACAAGCCAGUUCCAAUGCAACAGCUUCACUCCGCGCAUCAAGCUGGCGGGCAGAAAGACACCGAGCGAGAGGGCAAAGAACAGCAAGGAUUCGUCGCUGGGAGCCCCGAAGGAGACGGAGAACGCCCUUCCGAUCCAGGUGGACUACGACGCCUACGACAGCCAGGUCUUCAGGCUCCCCGGACCCUCCCGGGCCCAGCGCAGCACCCCCUUCCGGUCGGUCCAGGAGCGGGAGAGCCGCCCACGGAAGAGCUCGAGCUCCUUCGACGUCUCGUCCAGCCCUUCUCGCGUGGGCGGGCGGGCGCUCCCUCUCCCCCCGGAGGAGGCGCGGAGCCAGGCCUCAGACGACAGCUCCCUCGGCCGCAUCUCCAACAUCCUCAUGAUCCCGCGCCCACACCUGCACACCACCUACGAAGUCAGCAGCUCCUUGGGGUACACCGGCCACCGGGACGCCCUGGAGAGCAUGUUGGAAUCGCAACAGCGCGACUCCAGCGCCCCCGGGAGGUUCCACGUGGGCAGCGCCGAGUCCAUGCUGCACCUGCGUUCGGCCGGAGGGUACGCCCCGCAGCGGGCCCUCAUCAACCCCUUUGCCCCCUCGCGGAUGCCCAUGAAGCUCACCUCCAACCGGCGGCGUUGGGUCCACACGUUCCCUGUGGGACCGUCGGGAGAAGCCAUCCAGAUCCACCACCAGACCCGCCAGAACAUGGCGGAGAUGCAAGGGAGCGGGCAACGGGAUUGGACGCACUCUUCUGCCGAACUCCUGGAGCUGGCCUACCACGAAGCCACGGGGAGGCACGGGGCUUUCCGCCCUCCGGACGACAUCGCUUCCUUCUCGAGUUUCGGCAGGACGGAAGAUUAUCCUCACCAGUUAACAGGGAGCCACGGAACCAAUGUCCGAAGCCAAGCCAAAGACUCCGCCGACGGAUCGGUCUCCAGUGCUACGGAUCCAAUCCUGCUGACCCUGUCUGCUCCCCCCAUAGUGCCAGGCUUCUGUUGCACCGUCGGGGUGGACUGGAAGUCCCUCACUACCCCGGCCUGCCUCCCCCUCACCACGGAUUACUUCCCCGACCGCCAGAGCCUCCAGAACGACUACACCGAGGGGUGCUACGACCUCCUCCCGGAAGCCGAUAUGGACAGGCGAGACGAGGAAGGGGUCCAGAUGACGGCCCAGCAGGUCUUUGAGGAGUUCAUCUGCCAGCGGCUGAUGCAGGGCUACCAGCUCAUCGUCCAAGGCAGGCCGCAGAAAGCGCCCGCCGCCAUCCAGCCCCCGCUGAGCAGUAGCCCCCUCUACGGCCGAGGCCUGGUGUCGCGGAACCGGCUGGAGGAAGAGGACCAGCACUGGCUGAGCAUGGGGAGGACUUUCCACAAGGUGACCCUCAAGGAUAAGAUCAUCACCGUCACCAGAUACCUGCCCAAGUACCCGUAUGAGUCUGCGCAGAUCAACUACACCUACAGCCUCUGCCCGUCCCAUUCGGACUCGGAGUUCUUCCUCUGUUGGGUGGAGUUCUCGCACGAGAGGCUGGAGGAGUACAAGUGGAACUACCUCGACCAGUACAUCUGCUCGGCGGGUUCGGAGGACUUCAGCCUGAUUGAGUCGCUGAAGUUCUGGCGCACGCGCUUCCUGCUGCUGCCGGCCUGCGUGGGGGCCACCAAGCGCAUCCUGGAGGGGGAAUCCCGCUGCGACAUCUAUGGGGAGAAGCCCCGCUCGGAGGAGGAGGAGUGGCAGCUGCGGGACGGCUUCCUCCGCUUCGUGGAGGGGCUCAACCGCAUCCGCAGGCGCCACCGCUCCGACCGCAUGCUCCGGAAGGGCUCGGCCAUGAAGGGCCUCCAGGCCUCGGCGCCCCCCGCCCCGGCCCCUCACCCGCCGGAACCACCCCCCAACCUGGUCAAGAAGGGCACCUCCGCCCUCUCGGCGCUCCUGGAGAUGGAGGCCACACACAAGACGCUGAACGAACAACAGUCGGCCCCCAUUUCCACCAAAAGCUCCAGCGCCCAGCCCUCCGAUGGCAACAGCGCGGCCAUGAAUCCAAAUUACGUGGACAGCCCACGCAAAGUAUCGAUUGACCAAUCAGUGGUCAGUUUGGAGUCCGAACGAAGCGGCGGUCAGUCGCUGACGGGGUCCCAAAGCGUUGACCAGAUGCCUGGAUGGACAGAAAACGGCGCCCAGACCUCGACCGCCGGCCCCUUGACCUCGUCGUCCAGCUUGACGGAGAUCCUGGAGGCCAUGAAGCACCCGACGUCGGGCGUCCCGCUCCUCACCGAGCAGAAGGGCCUCUCCCCGUCCUGCUUCAUCAGCGCGGAGGCCGUCCAUUGGCUGGUCAGCACGGUGGAAGGGGUCCAGACCCAGGCCAUGGCCAUGGACAUCAUGCAGAAAAUGCUGGACGAGCAGCUGAUCGUGCACGCCUCGGGGGAGACCCUCCGCACCUUCGUCUACGGCUUCUACUUCUACAAGGCCCCGGAGGACAAGGAGCAGGAGCAUCGCGCGGGGCUGCCUCCGCCCCCCUCGCUGUGGCCCUCGGCCGCCCGGGACGACGCCUCGGCCUUCCAGCGCAAGUGGUUCGAGGUGGCCGUGGUGGCCGACGAGCAGCCCUGCCUGCGCUCCGAGGUCCCGGCCUUCCUCCUGCCCUGGCUGCCCAGCCGCCCCGCCUCCUACGCCAGCCGCCACAGCUCCUUCAGCCGCAGCUUCGGCGGGCGCAGCCAGGCCGCCGCCAUCCUCGCGGCCACGGUCCCGGAGCAGCGGACGGUGACCCUGGAGGUGGACGUGAACCACCGGACACAGCGCCUGGAGUGGUGCAGCUGCUAUUACCACGGCAACUUCUCCCUCGGCACCGCCUUCGAGGUCAAGCUCCACUGGAUGGCCGUCACGGCCGCCGUCCUCUUCGAGAUGGUCCAGGGCUGGCACCGCAAGGCCACUUCCUGCGGCUUCCUGCUGGUCCCGGUCCUCGAGGGGCCCUUUGCGCUGCCCAGCUUCCUGUACGGAGACCCCCUCCGGGCCCAGCUCUUCAUCCCGCUCCACGUCCACUGCCUCCACAAGGAAGGCUCCCAGGAGAACCUCUUUGACGGAUUUGAGCCGGAGACCUACUGGGACCGGAUGCAGCUUCUGCAGGAAGUGAUUGCCCACCGGUUUGGCUUCAUCCGGGACAAAUACUCGGCCUCCGCCUUCAACUUCCCCUCCGACAACAAGCCCCAGUACAUCCACGUCACAGGGACGGUCUUCCUGCAGCUGCCGUACUCCAAGCGCCGCUCUUCGGGGUCGCAGCCGCUUCCUCCUCCCGCCCCGGCGGCCAUGGCGGCCCCUUCCUCGUCCCAGCGGCGGAGGCGGGACUCGGCCCCCUCUCCUUCGCCCUCGGCGCCCAACGGGGAGGGGCAGGGGGUGGGCUUCCACUGGGCCCACAACUCCAUGCUGACCAAGACCUGGCGCUCCUCGGCCACGGGCGACGAGCGCUUCCCCGACCGGCUCCUCCGGGACUUCACCCACUUCUGCGCCAACGGGGACGGGCGCCUUGCCGCCUUCUGGGCCGCCUGCCUCGCACGCACACACGCCGCUGCUCCCUGAGGCCUCCCCCUUCGCUUCCUGGCCAAUCCCGAGGCAAGUCCCUCAGGUUUUGCCUCAGGGUGACACGGAAGAAGCCCUUUCCCCUCCCUUUCCGGCCCGUCCUGAGGUAAAUUCUGCAAUGUUUACCUCAGAAUGCCAGAA